CGUGAUUCGAAGGAACUGGAGUUUUAUUCGUAACAAAUGUUUGAGCCAGUGCCACAGUUGCUGCUGAAAUAUGAUGAACCGUACGUCGUUACUGAAACACCAGCAGACAGGGCAAUACGAGAAGCAGAGCCAGUCCCAGCAGCACAUGAACGCUUUUGUGAGAUACGGGAAGUCCUUAAUGCCAUUCGCCCUCCCAUAGAGUUUGAGAAGGAUGAUAUGCUGUGGAUUCAGCAGGUGUCUGGUGCUAGAGCUGAUCGUACGGAUGCUGAGAGACUAAAUGAAAAACUGAAUUCUUUGUUACAAGAAAAACAGGCAAGACAAGUUGGUAUCUGUCCAAUGAGAAGAGAACUCUACUCUCAAUGUUUUGAUGAACUGAUACGACAAAUUACUAUUGAUUGUCCAGAAAGAGGUGUGCUGUUACUCCGAAUCAGAGAAGAGCUCCAACACACUCUGGCAGCUCACCAGGCACUCUACGUGAACAGUGUCAGAAUUGGAGAGAGGAAGACGAUAAUGGCUGAGGAAAGCCAAAUAGAACUAAAUGAAACUAUUGAGCUAUUGGGUGAUGAAAUUUGUGAGCUUAAGAGACAAAUUGUGCUUCUCAAAGUACAAAUACAGAAAACAGAACAUGAAGCAGUUGAGCUUCAGCAGGCACAAGAGAGAAAGUACAUCGAAGAAAUAGAAUUCUUGAAACGUAUUAAUGAUCAGUAUGUGGAGCAAAUGGAAUUAAUACAGAAUAUGGAAAAUGAAGCAUGAUAUUCUUCAAGAGGAUAACUGUGGAUAAUGUCUCUUGCAUUUCCAUGGUCCAGG